AUGGGUCGACGACGUAAUGGUCGACACUAUUUAUUAUUACUAUGGAAAAAUCUCAUAUUAUCAGCUCGAAUGCCUAUACGAACAUUUUUUGAAAUAACCUUGCCGAUCUUUUUUGCUUUAUUAUUACUUGGCAUUCGACGUGUUGUAAAAUCUGAUUCUAUUAUUCAUGAUACUGUCUAUCCACCAUUUUCUAUUAAUGAAUUACCAAAUUUUACUGGAUUACCACAGAGUACAUUUGCCUAUACACCAAAAACAAAUUUCACAACAAUAAUUGCCAAUAGAGUUGCUGAAGAAUUAAAAUUAGAAGGUGUUGUACUCAAUAAUUACAUAAGUAAAUCUGAUUUAUUUUUAUACUAUUUAUUAUAUUUAGGAGAAGCAUACGACACCGAAGAUGAUCUGGUUUACAAUAUUCGAGAUUCAUUAACAACAUUAGGUGGUAUUGUUUUUACAACAUUGCCAAAUGAUACACAUUAUGAUGUUACUUAUAAAAUUCGUUUGUCCGCAAAACCGAAAAAUUCUGGACAAUUAACAAAUAUAUUUGGAGGUGACUCUGAUUGGAAAACGAAUGUGUUGUUUACGCUAUUUCCAAUAAUUGGUCCAAGAGAGAAAAACGUUUCAACAGGAGGCGUUCCAGGAUAUUAUCGAGAAGGUUUUCUGGCAUUACAACGUUCGAUUGAUUUUGCCAUAAUUAAUGAAAGAAGUACAUUAUUUGAUCUCGAUGGAAUAAAUUUAGAAUUACAGAGAUUUCCUUAUCCUCCAUAUAAAUCUGAUAAUUUUGUCCUAGUUGUUCAAAUAUGGUUUCCAUUUUUGUUAAUUAUGAGUUAUAUUUUUUCCGCCAUAAAUACCGUGAAAAAUAUUGUGUACGAGAAAGAAAAAGGACUCAAACUUGCAUGGUUCACCCGAAGUAUUGUGUUUUUAACAAUAGCUGAUAUACUUAUCAGUGUAUGUUAUAUUGUACAAGUACCGCUAUCAAGUGGCGGCAAGAGUUCAGUGAUUGGGCAAACAAGUGCUACACUACUAUUUUUCUUCUUAUUUACAUAUUCAAUCACAUCAAUUUGUUUCAUGUUUUUAAUUAGUACUUUAUUUGACAAAGGGCUUUGGUUUAUGUCAUAUUUACCCUAUGCAUUUAUACAACCACGUUAUGAAACAAUGACAAGAGCAUCAAAAAUGGCUUCGUGUCUUUUACACAAUCUUGGUUUAGCUCUCGGUGCACAGCUAAUCGGACAGUUUGAAGGAAAAGGUACUGGUUUGCAAUGGUCGAUGAUCAAUGAACGGUUUUCUGUCGAUGAUAAUUUUACAAUGCUAGACGUUAUUAUUAUGUUGUACGUAGAUGCAUUGAUUUAUCUCAUAUUAGCACUGUAUAUCGAAAAAAUUUGGCCAGGACAGUAUGGCAUCCCAAAAAAAUGGUAUUUUCCCUUUACGCUAAGCUUUUGGCGAGGACAUUCUCAAACAAUAGCGAAAAAUGUUGUAGUUGAUUCUGCUAAUGACUUGUUUUCUUCUCAAGAAAAAAAUGCGUUUGAAGAUGAAUCAAAUGAUAGAGAACUUGGUAUUCGACUUAUUAACGUAUCAAAGGUAUACACAUUUUUUCUGAAAACGAAACCGCCAGUUCAUGCCGUACGCAAUGUAAGCAUGAAUAUUUAUAAUGGUCAAUUAACUGCUCUGUUAGGUCACAAUGGAGCCGGAAAAUCGACUACUAUUUCAAUGAUCACAGGUUUAAUACCUCCUUCUAGUGGUCAGAUUAUUGUUAAUGGUUUUGAUAUUUCCACGUCGAUUGAUAAAAUCCGUGAUAAUUUGGGUUUAUGUCCACAAUAUAAUAUAUUAUUUGAUCAUUUGACAGUUAAAGAACAUCUAAAACUAUUUGCAACUCUAAAAGGACAUCCAUCAAAUGAUAUUGAAAAUGAAAUACAAAGAAUGGUUAAAGAUCUUAAUUUAGAAGAUAAAUUAAAUACACUUUCAAAAUCAUUAUCUGGCGGUAUGAAACGAAAAUUAAGCGUCGGUAUUGCAUUAGUUGCUAAUUCUAAAAUCGUUAUUUUGGAUGAACCAACAAGCGGAAUGGAUCCUGCUGCCAGACGUUCAACAUGGGAUAUGCUACAACGUUAUCGUGUUGAUCGAACAAUAUUAUUUACAACUCAUUUCAUGGAUGAAGCUGACAUUUUAUCAGAUAGAAUUGCGAUCAUUGGCGAUGGACGAAUAAGAUGUUGUGGUUCACCAUUUUUUCUAAAAACAAAAUUUGGCGUUGGUUAUCAUUUAAUUCUAUCUAAAAAUGUUGAAGCAAAUGUUGAACGAAUUGUUCAAAUCGUUCAGAAAUAUGUACCAUUAGCUAAAUUAGAAAGUAAUAUUAGUGCCGAAUGUAGUAUAUUAUUGCCACAUGGAGAAUCGACAAAAUUUUCCGAUUUAUUCCAUGAAAUUGAACAAAAAAAAGAUUAUCUUCAAUUAUUUAGUAUUGGAUUAUCAGAAACAUCAAUCGAAGAAGUUUUUAUGAAAAUAGUUGAAACUGAAGAGGUUGAUGACACAGUAUCAAGAUUGCCACGUCAACAAUUGGAUAAUGAAGGAUUUCAGGAUGAUACUGGAAGAGUUUCAAGUAACGGAAAUGAUGAUGGCAUAGCUUUACAAACUGCAUUCCAGACUACAGUGAGAAAAAAUCGUGGCAUCAAUCUAUGGAUUCAACAACUUAAAGCGUUGAUUUUGAAACGUAUAUUGAAUUCUGCCCGUAAUUAUUUAGUUUUAGUUGCAGCAUUUUUACCCGUUGUAUUCGUUAUCAUAUCACUUGUUAUUGAACAACAAAUACCACAACCAGAGGAUUCACCACCGCUGAUCAUUGCCACUGAUCGAUACAACCCGGCACGUGUACCUUAUAUUUAUGAUACAAACUCAUCGAUAUCUACACAAUUUGCUGAUGCCUAUAAAAAUAUCGUAUUACAUUCUAAAAAAGAGACACCAAUUGAUUUAACAAAAGAAUUUCAUGGUGAUUGUCAUGAUGUGCAACCUAUGGAUUUAUUGAAAUAUCUUGGAUGUAUUGGAAGAUUAAAUGUUGGUGUAUUAACAGAUCGUUAUUUAAUAGCAGCAAAAAUUUAUGAAUAUGAUAAUUAUACGAUUAAUAACAAUAAAACCGGUUUGCAUUUAACAGGUUUAUUCAAUAAUCAACCGUUUCACAUUCCACCGUUAUCGUUGAAUAUGUUAACCAAUUCUUUAUUAUACUAUCUUUCAAUAACUCAUAAUUACACUAAUAAACCUUCUAUCAGUGUUAUCAAUCAUCCAUUACCACGAUCAUUGACUGAUAAACUAAUCGACUUUCAAUCAAGACAAUUUUUUGGUUUUCGUUUAUCAUCGUCUAUUGUGUUUGGAAUGGGCUUUGCAAUGGCCGCAUUUGCUGUAUUUCUGAUUAAAGAGCGUGUAUCAAAAGCAAAACAUUUACAAUUUUUAAGUGGAGCAAAUGCCCUUAAUUUUUGGAUUUCAACGUUUAUAUGGGAUGCCGUUUAUUACUUGAUGCCAACAAUUUGUAUAUUUCUCGUAUGGCUGAUAUUCUACCUAGCAGGUGCCGCUAAAGACGAUGUUGGUGUUUAUAUAACGGGUCCUCGUUUGGGUUAUACAAUAUGGUUGUUUCUAUUCUAUGGUUGGGCUCAUAUACCGUAUACAUAUUUACUUUCUUACUUAUUUCAAAUACCCUCGUCUGGAUUUGCAUGGAUUACGAUUAUUAAUAUUAUAACAAGUCAAGCUACUCUGUUAGCUGUUGUCAUUCUGGCUAUUCCUCAAUUAGAAUUAGUUAAUGUAUCAAAAAUACUUGAAUGGAUAUUUUUGAUAUUAUUUCCCAACUAUAGUCUAGCACAAGCUUUGAACGAUAUAUAUGAAAAUCAUGAAUAUUUAGAAAUCUGUCCAAAAUUGCUCGAGUAUUGUGACCAAGUACCGAGUCCAUGCUGUAAAAAUAAUUGUGGUACAAAUUGUCUUGAUUGGACGUAUAAUUAUUUAGAUUGGCAAAAACCUGGUAUUGGACGGUUUCUUGUGUUUUUAUUUUUACAAGGUUUAAUUUCCUUCAUUCUGUUGUUAUUAAUCGAUUUUGGUUUUGUACGACGAUUUACAUCGUUUGUAUUAUCUUGUGGAAAACCAAAACGGAAAGUUUAUACAAAUGUUGAUACAUUAGACACCAAUAAUACAAUAUCAGCGAUUGAUCAACGAAAUGAAAACGGAAUAAUUAGAACAAUAGCAGAUGAUGAUCUAAUUCAUGGUAUUGGUGUAUUAGAUGAAGAUGUUAAAAGAGAAGAAGAACGUAUUCAGCAAACAUCAACUAGAGAUUUAAUGCAAACGGACGUGUUAGUUUUGAAUAGUGUAUCAAAAAUACACGGAAAUCUUCGUGCAGUAGAUAACAUUUCGUUUGGUGUUAAACAGCAGGAAUGUUUUGGUUUAUUAGGAGUAAAUGGAGCAGGAAAGACUACAGUCUUCAAAAUGAUUACUGGUGAUGAGGUAGUAGACAUUGGUUCUAUUGUAUUAGAUUAUCUUGAUAUUAGUGUAGAUGUAAGACAAUCACAGCGUAAAAUGGGUUAUUGUCCGCAGUUUGAUGCAUUAAUUGACUUACUCACUGGUGAAGAAACAUUAUAUUUCUUUUCUCGAUUACGCGGUGUUGAUGAAAAAUUAAUACCAAAUCUAGUUCAAGAUGUAAUAACAUUAAUGGAUUUAGAAAAACAUGCAAAAAAAUAUGUCUACGCUUAUAGUGGUGGUAACAGAAGAAAACUAAGUGCUGCUGUGGCAUUGAUAGGAGAUCCAGCUAUCGUAUUUUUGGAUGAGCCUACUACAGGAAUGGAUCCAAAAGCGCGACGAUACUUUUGGAAUGCCAUCGCAAAAUUUCGUGAUUUUGGAAAACCGAUUAUAUUAACUUCACAUAGUAUGGAAGAGUGUGAAGCAUUAUGUACACGAAUUGCCAUUAUGGUUAAUGGACGUUUGAAAUGCCUCGGCAGUAUUCAAUAUCUUAAAUCAAAAUUCGGUCAAGGUUAUACAUUAGUUGCAAAAUUAAAUUCAUUUACUGAAAAUAAGAUAAAUGGUUUCUUUAGUGUGAUUAAAAAUGCAUUUCCUAAUGCUCAAUUUAAAGAAGCAUAUGAAGGUUACAUUCAUAUUCAUGUUGAUGAACCAAAUUUAUCAUUAGCUAGUUUGUUUCGUACUGUUGAAAGGUCUAAACAAACGUAUGAUAUUGAAAAUUAUACCGUUAGUCAAACAACGCUGGAGCAAGUAUUCUUGAAUUUUGCCAAAUCACAGUUGGAUCCAGAUGAAGUAAAACUUCGUACAAGAGCAAAUAAUAGUCUGUUUGGAAAACUAAAAAAAAUGUGUUCAUCGUCUUAA